GGUGAUUGUCAUAAACUGAGCGACGGUUUUUGAUCUGUCUUUUCCCGGGAAUUACCGAUCCCUUGUAUAUUUGACCCUACUGGGCCUGAAAAGAUGUCUCUACGCUGCGGGGACGCCGCCCGCACCCUCGGGCCCUGGGUGUUUGUAAGAUGUAGCCCAGUCAGACCAUUAAGUUCUUUGCCAGAUAAAAGAAAGGAGUUUUUAAAGAAUGGACCAGAUCUUCAAGAUUUUGUCUCUGGCACUCUUGCAGACAAAAGCACCUGGGAUGAGUAUAAAGGAAACUUAAAACGCCAAAAAGGAGAAAGGUUAAGACUGCCUCCAUGGCUGAAGACAGAGAUUCCCAUGGGAAAAAAUUACAAUAAACUGAAAAAUACUUUGAGGAAUUUAAAUCUCCAUACGGUUUGUGAGGAAGCCCGAUGUCCCAAUAUUGGAGAGUGUUGGGGAGGUGGAGAAUAUGCCACUGCCACAGCCACAAUCAUGUUGAUGGGUGACACUUGUACAAGAGGUUGCAGAUUUUGUUCUGUGAAGACAGCAAGAAAUCCCCCUCCACUGGAUGCCAGUGAGCCCUACAAUACUGCAAAGGCCAUUGCGGAGUGGGGUCUGGAUUACGUUGUCCUGACGUCUGUGGACCGAGAUGAUAUACCUGAUGGGGGAGCUGAACACAUUGCAAAGACUGUAUCGUACAUAAAAGAAAGGAAUCCAAAAAUCCUUGUGGAAUGUCUCACGCCUGAUUUUCGAGGAGACCUUAAAGCUGUAGAGAAAGUUGCUUGGUCAGGAUUAGAUGUGUAUGCACAUAAUGUAGAAACAGUUCCAGAAUUACAGAGGAAAGUUCGUGAUCCCCGAGCCAAUUUUGACCAGUCUCUACGUGUACUGAAACAUGCCAAGGAGGUCCAUCCUGAUGUUAUUUCUAAAACAUCUCUAAUGUUGGGUUUGGGUGAGAAUGAUGAGCAAGUAUAUGCAACAAUGAAAGUACUUCGUGAGGCAGAUGUGGACUGUUUGACUUUAGGACAAUACAUGCAGCCAACAAAACGCCUCCUCAAGGUUGAGGAGUAUAUUACUCCUGAAAAGUUCAAAUACUGGGAAAAAAUAGGAAAUGAACUUGGAUUUCAUUAUACUGCAAGUGGCCCUUUGGUACGUUCUUCAUACAAAGCAGGUGAAUUUUUCCUGAAAAAUCUAGUGGCUAAAAGAAAACAAAAGCCCUCUGAAACUUAAAUAAGGCCUUCAAAAUCACUGAAAUUUUAAAUUUUGGUGCCAGUUGGUGUCAGAGGUGUGCCAGAACGUCUGGACUUCAGUGAAUGUACUACAACUCUUUUUGCUU